AUGGCGCCCUUGACUGGCUUGGUGCUAGUUUCUCUUUUAGCCCAGCCAUUUAUCGCAUCUCCAGUUCCAGAUGCUGAAUCUGAUCUGUCGGCGCGAUCUCCGCUCCCUGCAGACUAUCAAUCUCCGCCCUAUUAUCCUACACCCCCUGGCGGGUGGGUGUCGGACUGGGCUGAUGCCUAUGCAAAGGCCCAUGCAGUGGUCAGCAACAUGACCCUGGCCGAGAAGGUCAACUUGACCACCGGCACGGGCUUCUACAUGGGGCCCUGUGUGGGCCAGACAGGCAGCGCGCUCCGCUUCGGCAUUCCGAAUCUCUGUUUGCAGGACGGUCCGCUGGGUGUCCGGGACACCGAUCAUAAUACUGCUUUUCCAGCGGGAAUCACCGUUGGCGCUACGUUCAACAAAGAGCUUAUGUAUGCUCGAGGCGUGGGUCUUGGCGAGGAAGCCCGAGGGAAAGGCGUCAAUGUUCUCUUGGGUCCGGUCGUUGGGCCGCUAGGACGCAAGCCUCGUGGCGGUCGUAUUUGGGAAGGCUUUGGAGCUGACCCCGUGCUGCAGGCUGUUGGUGGUGCCCAGACUAUAAAGGGCAUGCAAAGUACUGGGGCCAUUGCUUCUUUAAAGCACUACAUUGGCUACGAGCAAGAAAUGUCUCGCAUGAGCAGCAUUGUCUCGGUAGGCUAUUCGUCGAAUAUCGAUGACCGCACGUUGCAUGAGAUGUAUCUGUGGCCGUUUGCCGAGGGCGUUCGGGCGGGCGUGGGAUCGUUGAUGACUUCGUAUAACGAUGUGAAUGGCUCUGCUUGCAGCCAAAACAGCAAACUCCUCAAUGACAUCCUCAAGGAUGAGCUUGGCUUCCAAGGGUUUGUCAUGACAGACUGGCUGGGUCAAUAUGGUGGCGUGGCGUCCGCGCUAGCUGGUCUUGACAUGGCCAUGCCUGGCGACGGUGCUAUUCCUCUUCUUGGGGACAGCUAUUGGGGGUCGGAACUGUCGCGGUCUAUCCUGAACGGAACCGUUCCACUCAGCAGGCUCAAUGAUAUGGUUACUCGCAUUGUAGCUACAUGGUACAAGUUCGGACAAGACAAAGACUAUCCUUUACCCAACUUCUCCGCCAACACAGACGACCAAACUGGAGAGAUAUACCCGGGGGCACUCUUCUCUCCUAUCGGCGUGGUCAACCAAUAUGUCAAUGUAGAGGGCGACCACAACAUCACGGCACGAGCUGUUGCUCGUGAAGCAAUCACCUUACUCAAGAACGACCAGAAUAUUCUCCCAUUCAGACACAAUGAUAGUUUGAAGGUCUUUGGUACGGAUGCCGGAUCAAAUUCCAACGGGCCGAAUUCCUGCUGUGAUAAAGGCUGUGAUAGCGGCGUUUUAACCAUGGGAUGGGGCAGUGGAUCUGCAAAUCUUCCUUACCUGGUUACACCACAAGAGGCUAUCGGCAAUCUUUCCAACAACGCCGAAUUCUAUAUCACAGACACAUUCCCUGACGAUGUGACCGCAUCCCAUACGGACAUUGCAAUUGUCUUCAUCAAUGCCGACUCUGGGGAAAAUUACAUCACGGUGGAUGGAAAUCCUGGAGACCGCCUCGAGGCUGGGUUGAACGCCUGGCACAACGGCGAUGAUCUUGUCAAGGCUGCCGCAGAAAAGUUUUCCAACGUUGUGGUGGUGGUCCAUACCGUCGGCCCGAUCCUUAUGGAGGAAUGGAUUCACCUGAAAUCCGUCAAGGCCGUCCUUGUGGCCCAUCUUCCUGGCCAGGAAGCAGGCUGGUCCCUGACCGAUAUUCUGUUCGGUGACUACAGCCCCAGCGGCCAUAUGCCAUACACAAUUCCCCGCAGCGAAUCCGAUUAUCCUCAGAGCGUCAGCCUCAUCGAUCAACCCAUUGGCCAGAUCCAGGACACGUUUACUGAGCGCCUCUAUAUUGACUAUCGUCACUUCAUGAACGCUAACAUCACGCCUCGAUACCCCUUCGGCCACGGCCUUUCUUACACCACCUUCACUUUCUCCAGCCCUUCUCUUUCCGUGGUCACACCAUUGGACAGCGAGUACCCUCCGGCCCGACCCACCAAGGGAUCCACGCCUGAGUACAGCCAAAAGAUCCCCGCUGCGUCCGAAGUGGCCUGGUCAUCAACUCACUUCACCCGCAUCUGGCGCUAUCUAUAUCCAUAUCUAGAUUUCCCACAACUGAUUACCACUUCCGACACCUACCCAUACCCAGACGGGUACACUACACAGCCCAAGCAAGCGCCACGAGCCGGCGGUGCUCAGGGCGGCAACCCCGCGCUUUUUGACACUGCUUUCUCGGUUCAAGUCCAGGUGGAAAACACCGGAUCCCGACACGGAAAAGCUGUAGCGCAACUCUACGUUGCUCUGCCUUCGAGUCUGGGCUUGGAUACCCCGCCUCUGCAGUUGCGCCAGUUCGAGAAGACGAAGGAGCUGGCACCGGGACACAGUGAGACCCUCACCCUGGACAUUACUCGCAAGGACCUUAGUGUUUGGGAUGUCGUUGUGCAAGACUGGAAGGCACCCAUUAAUGGAGAGGGUGUCAAGAUCUGGAUUGGGCAGAGUGUCGUGGAUCUCCCUGUCCUCUGUGAGGUUGGUGGGAAAUGCUCGGUGGAGUAA